AUGAGGGGGUGUUUGUGGGCCUCAUUUCUGGUGUGUGUCCUGGGCGAUGUCUCAUCUACGCCAUGUCUGACCGAGGAGUUUGCUUGUGUCAGAGGUGGUUGUGUAUCUGAAGAGCAUGUGUGUGAUUUUAAAGUAGACUGUGAAGAUGGCAGUGAUGAGACAAACUGUUCCCAGUAUGUGAGGUGUGACUUCCAGGAAGGUUUUUGUAGUUUUCAAGUUCAAGAUCAACAUGUUUGGACAAGAGGCUCAGGUCUGACCCGGCCCAGCACAGAACUAGACCUAAGAGAAAAUGUUACUGGUCACUAUCUUUAUAUACGAUCUGAAAAUGGAGACGGCAUUACUGCUGAAAUACACAGUCCUUACUUUCAACCUUCACAGUCCUGCUGGCUUACCUUCGACCGUCAUAUCGGGCUGCUGAUGGGGGCUUUGAAGGUUCUGAUCAAAUCAAAAUUUUUGGCAGAGCCACAGGAGGUUUGGUCUCUGUCCACCCCAAAUCCAGAUCCACACAUUCGUCCCUGGAUGCAAUCGGUGGUGAUGUUAAACAGCAGAGAGGAGUUUAAGGUGUUGAUUAGAGGACUGAUAUUCAACAGCAGUGAUCCAUAUGAAGUUAUCGCCAUGGAUGACCUGUCCUUCAGCAAAGGCUGUGUGGCAGUUGGUGAGAAUGAAAUCAAGGCACCUCUUCCAAUUCACUGCGCAUCUUCUCAGUUUCACUGUGGUGCAAAUGAAUGUGUGGAUGGGGUGAAAGUGUGUGACUUUACUUCAGACUGUCCCAAUGGAGAGGAUGAGUCCAACUGUUUAUCACAGUGUGAUUUCGAGUCUGAUUCGUGUAGCUGGUAUGAGCUUGCACAGGGUGAUGGAUUUGAAUGGGUAAGAGGUUCAGCAAAUGGAGACUCUGAAGAUUAUCAAGAUCAAACACCUCCACGGGAUCAUUCCACUAAUACAAGUGCAGGUCACUUCAUGUUUAUCUUUAAAAACAGCAGCAGUUUUUCCCAGCAAGCUUUGCUGCACAGUCCUACAUUCCAACAAUCAGGUUCAGAUUGCAUUUUGUCCUUCUGGCACUAUAAUUCUGGUCAGUCUGUUGGUGCUGCUGAAAUGCACCUGGUAAUCGAUGGCUUAGACAGCACUACUACACUUUGGCAAACACUAUAUAACCAAGGCAACCAGUGGCACCCAGUAAUUGUGCAGAUUGGCAGGCAGACCAGACCUUUCCAACUUUCCGUCACAAAACUGAGUCUGGGAGUGUAUGAAGGAGUUUCUGCAAUAGAUGACAUUAUGUUUCAUAACUGCUCAUUGCCAGAGGCUAUGGAGACAUGUCCAUCUCCCGGUCAGUUUCAUUGCAGCCGGAGUAAAGCGUGUGUGAACUAUUUUCAGAUCUGUGACCUGAUCGAUGACUGUGGAGAUGGAACGGAUGAAGAAAACUGCUCAUCAGAGUUAAUGUGUGACUUUGAAGAAGGCCUGUGCAGCUGGACUCAAGAUGAUGCGGACGACAUUUUUGAUUGGAGCCGAAUCCAAGGACCUACUCCCACUUUCAACACGGGCCCAUGGAAAGACCACACUCGGGCCAAUGUGGAUGGACACUUCCUUUACAUCGAAUCAUCAGAACCACAAAAGUUCAAAGAUACUGCCGCUCUUAUCAGUCGACCUUUCCUCCCAACUCCUCGCAGAGGUCCUGAUCCUAAGCCACCCUGCAUUUUCAGAUUGCACUAUCACAUGUUCGGAAUGCAUGUGUUUCGGUUGGCUGUGUACAUACGCACCCGUAACAGUGGGCGAGGCAACUUGUUGUGGUUUUACUUCGGUGACCAAGGCAACUACUGGCACAGACAGAUAUUGCAUAUUAAUAGUGCUCACCACUUUCAGAUUAUAGUGGAGGGAACCGUUGGUGAUGACUUCAGAGGAGAUAUUGCUAUAGAUGACCUUUCUUUUCUUGGAUGUGAACCAUAUGAAGGUAAAUUGCCUUCAGAGGAGCCCAGCACCACUGCCCCUGUCCCCACCAUGUCGGUAACACCCCCUCAUAGCUGUCCCCCUGGCCAGUUUGUGUGCAAAGCUACAAGAGAGUGUGUGAGCCUCAGUCAAGUGUGCGACUUUACUCCUGACUGCUCCGACAGCUCUGAUGAAGAACAUUGUGUGAAGGAGUAUUGUGAUUUUGAAGGUGAUGCUCUAUGUGGAUGGUAUUUAAGUCAUCAAGUCACUCCCUUUCGCUGGCAGAAAGGACAAGGGAAAAGUAUUCUCUACGGAGAAGACUACCACAGACCUGCUAAUGACCAUACUUUUGGUUCUCCAGAGGGUUGGUAUCUAUUUGCAGACAGCUCUAAUGGAGGAUACGGUCACACUACAGAUCUUUUGACUCCUCCUAUCACAAAAACAGGACCUCAGUGCACUUUAGUGUUCUGGUAUUACAUGAGCGGCUUCACUGUUGGAACGUUACAGGUCUUUAUCAAAUCAUUUGCUGUCAAACAUGAAGUUUGGUCCCAAAGUGGUAAUGAAGGCAACAGCUGGAGGCGGGGUGAGGUCUUCAUUGGAAUCCGUCGUAACAUCCAGGUGGUUCUGUGUGCCAAGCGUGGUAUCAGCUACAUGGGCGAUGUUGUUAUUGAUGAUGUGGCUUUUGUGGACUGUGCCCCCCCAUUGAGAAGUGAUCUUCCUUGUGAUAAGAAUGAAUUCAUCUGUGCCAACGGUCACUGUAUUUCUGAGGAUAACUUGUGUGACUUUAUUGAUCAUUGUGGAGAUGGAUCUGAUGAGAAUCACUACAUAUGCAAGGGAUUCAGUGGUCGCUGCAAUUUCGAGUUUGACCUUUGCUCUUGGAGACAGAGGCAAGAUGAUGAUUUUGAUUGGUUGAUAAAGGCAGGAAAUAGGCCGCUCACUCCUCGGAGCAGACCAUCUACUGAUCACACUCUACGCAACCCAUCAGGCCAUUAUUUAUAUCUAGAAGGGUCCUUCCCUCAGACAACUGGACAUAUUGCUCAAAUCAUAGGACCCCUUUUCAGUCGCUACAGCAAAGACUGUAAGAUGGUCUUUUACAUCCACAUGUCCGGUGACGGCAUUGGCACUCUGAACGUGUACAUGGUAACAAACUCCAACCAGCUGUUACUGAACCUCACCGGUAAUCAAGGCAACUACUGGAAGAGACAGGAAGUGCCGCUUUCUUCUCCUCAAAACUUUCGUAUUAUGUUUGAAGGCAUGGUGGGCAGUAACACACAAGUUCACAUCUGCCUUGAUGACAUCACUUUCUCAGCGGGCUGUAUCCUCAGCAGCAGUUUUGAGACACUCUCCAGUUACACGUUAUUGUCAGGCUCCUGUCCGCCAGGUUUUCUGCAGUGUAACAAUGGCAAUUGUUACAAAUCAGAGCAGACAUGUGACUUCACUGACAACUGUGGAGAUGGAACGGAUGAAAUGGAUUGUGGGACAUCCUGCUCGUUUGAACAUGGGCGCUGUGGUUGGAAAAGCAGCUUGGCAGACACCUUUAGUUGGACUCUUGGAGUUGGUUCUAUCCAUAGGAUCAGACCUUCUCAUGACCACACGCUCAAGAAUGAAAGUGGGUACUUUGCAUAUAUGGCAGCCACUCCUGCUGGUUUGAAGGGUGAUAAAGCGCACAUGAGAAGUUCAGUAUGGAAGGAAUCUAGUGCCAGAUGUAAACUCUCCUUCUGGUACUAUAUUUCUGAAAAGGCCACAGGAAUUAUUCGCCUCUUCAUUAAGACAGAGAAUGAGCUUAGGGAGGUGUGGACACAGCAGGUGAUGUAUGAGGAGUGGAGGAGAGCAGAGGUUUCUCUGAGAAAACUGAGGAACUUUAUUUUGAUAUUUGAAGCAGUUCGAACACGAGAUGUGAGUGGUGGAGUGGCUCUCGACGAUCUGGAAUUCAUUGACUGUGAACAACAAGCUGUGCGUCCUGGGUCAUGCCCCGCUGUCACAGAUUUUGUGUGUAGUAAUGGAGACUGCAUUGAGUAUCACUUGGAGUGUGAUGGUAAAGCAGACUGUUCAGAUGAGUCGGAUGAGAUGGACUGCAGUAACUUUCCAGGAGCGUGUAGAUUUGAUUUGCCUGAAGGUCUUUGGGAGGAAACCUGUCAGUUUUCUCAGGAUUCUGAUGAUGAGUUUGACUGGAAUAUAGGACAUGGCAGAAUGUUUAAUGGGACAGGACCAUCAGCUGAUCACAGCCUCAAUGGAGAAGGUGGGUACCUGUUUGUGAACUCCAGUGUCCAGAAAGAGGGAGAUGUCGCCAGGUUAAUAACCACGCAAGAAUUUCCUGCUAGCAUUGGUAUAUGUCAUCUCCGCUUCUGGUUCCAUAUGUACGGCUCACAUCACAUGGGUACGCUGAAGGUGUAUACAGUGGGACGCAAUGGAAGACCUCUGUUAAUAUGGGCAGCCUGUGAUAACCUUGGAGACAACUGGAUUUACACUAAUGUGAUCUUAUCAAACGUAUCACCCUUUAGAGUGAGCAUUGAGGCUGAAGUUGGAGCAAACCAGUGGACAGUCGUUGCUAUAGACCAUCUCUCAUUUACUAGAGAAUGUCAUGUGGGAGCUCCGGUGACCCCUGUUCCACAAACAUGCCACAUGGAACAGUUUCAGUGCUUGUAUCUGUUUGAUUGUAUUCCACUGAGUUGGCGUUGUGAUGGCGAGGUGGACUGUCUAGACCGCUCAGAUGAGGACAUGUGUUCAAGUGUGGUUCCUGGAACUGUGCCUCCACAAGCAGAGUGUGAGACAGGGGAAUACCGCUGCAGGAACAGCACCUGUAUUCCAGCACUUCUCCUCUGUGAUGCCGUUUUAGACUGCCCCAAUGGAGAAGAUGAGCAUGGAUGCCCCAUUAAGCAAUGUAAUGAUGGGGAAUUAGUGUGUGAGGCAACAGCAGACUGUGUUGCAUUCUACAGUCGAUGUGAUGGUGUUGAUGACUGUCCAUCUUUUAACUCUGAUGAGUCCAGCUGCUAUGAGUGUCCCUUUGGGUACUGUCUUAAUGGAGGCGUAUGUGUAGUGAAGGCAAAUGGACCAGUAUGCAUCUGUCCAUCAUUGUGGACUGGUAAUCGUUGCAAUAUCAUAAGAAAACCAAUAACUCCCACAACGCCGGUUAUAACAGAUAGUAAACUAGCUGUCAAUAUUGUUUUGAGUGUUGUGCUGAUCCUCUUGGCCUUUGCAACCGGAGUCACUUCAUUCAUCUUAAUACAGAGACAUUUACUUAGAGACCCCAGUCUCAUCAACAAUGAAGAGUUGGAUCGCUCUGGUUUUGACGUGCACAGAGAGGUCAGACAUUUAUAUCAAUAUAAAUCCAUUAAACCCAGAUGGUCUGGUCAUCCUCGGCUGAACAUCAGUGUUUACCCAUGGAAAGAGGAACCAAAGAUCUCCACCUCAAAGGAAGCCAAGCUGUCUUUUUCCAAUCCACUCUACAAGUGCUCGAGAAGUUCUGAAGCCUAAACCAAACAGAUGCACAAUCACUUUUAUAUUUCCCUGUAGAUUUACAGUUCUUCCACUUCAUUUGAGCCUCAAUCACAACAUGACUGUACUUGUUUAGGGUUUAAAACUCUGUUCAUUUCAGCAAAACUCGUGGGAAGUGAAGUAUGACCAUACAGUACAAGUUCGAUUUCAGCAAAAUAAAGCAAUUAAACUUUAUCAGCCUUAAAAAGAAAUUUCUUAUAAAAAUCUACCUGUGAUAUAUGCUGUGAUACUGAAAUACUGUAGA